ACAGCCAGAAAGUCGCCCCCAAAAUAUCGGUUUCCUAACUUGCUCUUCCCUCCAUUUGGCCUCUCUCCACCGCUUUUAUCAGCGCUUCAUUUCCAUAAAACCAACAACUUUGAAGAUAAAUACCAAAUAAAAAUAAGUAAAUCUUAGAAAUUCACUGUUACACAUUCCAUUCUCGUUUAGGAAAGAAGACAAAGAUCUGCAUUCUGCUCUUUGAUAUUUGGAGUGACACAUGAAAAAUCUUGGGAAGCUGCAGGCUGUUCUGCAGGACAAUCAUAUGCUAGGGAACAAGUAUAACUGCAAUCCUUCGACACCCAGAACCCGGUUGGAAAGGCUUCUUAGGGAAAGAGAGUUAAGGAAAUCGAACCGGUCUAUCCAUUCGAAUGAAGAGGGAAGGGACAGCAGCAGAUUGCAGGCUGAACUCUUUGGGAAUGAUGCAGUCAUUAUUGAGGGUGACAAUUUGGGUUCGCCUCAUGAGGAAGAGCUUUCAGAAGGGGCGGCCACAAGAGCUUUUCUUGAUGGAUGCGAAAGGCAAGAAGGGCAGCCUUUGAAACAACGUCUGUUGGUGGUAGCCAACAGGCUACCUGUCUCUGCGGUCCGGAGGGGUGAGGACUCAUGGCAACUAGAGAUAAGUGUUGGCGGGCUAGUCAGUGCGCUUUUAGGAGUGAAGGAGUUUGAUGCUAGAUGGAUUGGUUGGGCUGGUGUAAAUGUGCCUGAUGAAAUUGGACAAAAGGCACUAACAAAAGCUUUAGCCGAAAAGAGGUGCAUACCGGUAUUCCUUGAUGAAGAGAUUGUUCAUCAAUAUUACAAUGGUUACUGUAACAACAUCUUGUGGCCUCUUUUCCAUUAUCUUGGGCUUCCACAAGAAGACCGCCUUGCAACCACCCGUAGUUUCCAAUCUCAGUUUGAUGCGUACAAGAGAGCAAACCAAAUGUUUGCUGAUGUUGUAAACCAGCAUUAUGAGGAGGGAGAUGUUGUGUGGUGCCAUGAUUAUCAUCUAAUGUUUCUUCCAAAAUGUUUGAAAGAAUAUAACAGCAAUAUGAAAGUCGGUUGGUUUCUCCACACACCGUUUCCUUCCUCGGAAAUUCAUAGGACACUGCCAUCUCGAUCGGAGCUGUUAAGAUCUGUUCUUGCUGCUGAUUUGGUUGGUUUCCAUACGUAUGAUUAUGCAAGGCAUUUCGUGAGUGCUUGCACCCGUAUACUUGGGCUAGAGGGUACACCGGAAGGAGUAGAGGAUCAAGGAAAGCUGACUCGUGUUGCUGCGUUUCCUAUUGGGAUAGACUCUGAUCGGUUCGUACGAGCCCUAGAAAUCCCUCAAGUCCAGGAGCACAUGAAAGAACUGAAAGAAAGAUUUGCUGGCAGGAAGGUGAUGUUAGGCGUUGAUCGUCUUGACAUGAUUAAGGGAAUUCCACAAAAGAUUUUGGCAUUUGAGAAGUUCCUCGAGGAAAAUCCUAACUGGCGUGACAAAGUCGUUCUGCUCCAAAUUGCAGUGCCAACAAGAACAGAUGUUCCAGAGUAUCAAAAGCUUACAAGCCAAGUUCAUGAGAUUGUGGGACGCAUUAAUGGAAGAUUCGGAACUCUUACUGCCGUCCCCAUACACCAUUUGGAUCGAUCUCUCGAUUUUCACGCAUUGUGUGCACUAUACGCUGUUACUGAUGUGGCACUUGUUACUUCGCUGAGGGACGGAAUGAAUCUCGUGAGCUAUGAGUUUGUUGCUUGCCAAGCGUCAAAGAAAGGGGUUCUCAUUCUAAGUGAGUUUGCAGGUGCGGCACAAUCUCUCGGUGCUGGGGCAAUCUUAGUAAAUCCAUGGAACAUAACAGAAGUUGCUGCUUCCAUAGGUUACGCUUUAAACAUGCCAGCUGAUGAAAGAGAAAAGAGACACCAGCAUAACUUCAUGUAUGUAACUACUCAUACAUCUCAAGAAUGGGCCGCAACCUUUGUUAGUGAACUCAAUGAUACUAUUGUGGAGGCUCAACUAAGGACUAGACAAGUUCCACCUCUGCUUCCAAUGAAAGAAGCUGUUGAUCGUUAUUUGGAAUCCAAUAACCGAUUACUUAUACUGGGAUUUAAUGCCACUUUAACUGAACCACUUGGUGCCCUUGGGAGGAGAGGUGGUCAAAUAAGAGAAAUGGAGCUUAAAUUGCACCCAGAUCUCAAAGAACCAUUGAAGAAGCUCUCUGAUGAUCCCAAGACAACAAUUGUAGUCCUUAGCGGAAGUGACAGAGCCGUCCUUGAUGAAAACUUUGGUGAUUUUCAUAUGUGGCUGGCAGCAGAAAACGGAAUGUUUCUUCGUCUUACAACGGGGGAAUGGAUGACAACAAUGCCAGAAAACUUAAACAUGGAAUGGGUUGACAGCGUGAAGCAUGUGUUCGAGUAUUUCACCGAAAGAACCCCCCGAUCUCAUUUCGAGCUCCGUGAAACAUCACUUGUAUGGAACUACAAGUAUGCAGAUGUUGAGUUUGGAAGGCUUCAAGCAAGGGACAUGCUGCAGCAUCUUUGGACAGGGCCGAUCUCGAAUGCAUCUGUCGAUGUCGUCCAGGGUAGCCGAUCUGUGGAGGUCCGAGCAGUCGGUGUCACCAAGGGAGCGGCAAUUGAUCGUAUCUUAGGAGAAAUAGUGCACAACAAAGGCUUGAAGGCACCUAUUGAUUAUGUACUGUGUAUUGGCCACUUUCUCCCUAAGGAUGAAGAUGUCUACACAUUUUUUGAGCCAGAGCUACCUUCUGAGGCACCAUCUACACCAAGAGCCACAGUGACGAACUCCGUAACUCCACCAAUGCCAAAGUUUUCGGCCGGAAAAGGCGGGUCCAAGUCGUUUCGCCUUAACAAACAACGAUCCAUGUCUACUCUAGAGAAGAAAGCAAACAACCAAGGGAGUAGUACGAAUGCUGCAUGGAGGCCGACAUGGCGCGACAGAAUGUCUCUGCACGAGGGUUCUUCCGUGCUUGAUCUCAAGGGGGAUAAUUACUUCUCUUGCUCGGUCGGACGAAAACGUUCUAGUGCACGGUACCUCCUCGGGUCGUCGGACGAUGUCGUUACUCUCUUAAAGGAGCUGGCUGAGCAUAACUCCCUAAUUCAUUCUACAUCCCCUGAUCCCAGUGUUUCUUCUACUGUGUAA